UGCAAUAGUUAUAUUCCGCCCUUCUCACCCCACAGGGGACUCAGGGCGGAUUACAAUGCACAUAUACAUGGCAAACACUCAAUGCCACUUAGACAUGCAACAUAUAUAGACAGACAUAGAGACAAUUUAACAUUCCAGGUUUUUGGCUUCAUGAGGGUAUGCUCGAUUCUGGCCACAGGGGGGGCCGCUGCUUCACUGUCCACUUGAAAUACCGAGUCCUUGAUUGAGUACUUCCUCAUUCUUGUGCAUGCUGCUAGAAGGUUUUAUGGUGUCGUAAAUUAGUUAAAUUAGCUUGCCUGCAUAAAGCGGUACCUAAAUUUCCUACUUGACAGAUGCAACUCUUUCGAGCUAAGUCAACAGCAAGCUAGACUAUUAAUGGUUGGGAGCUCACUCCAACUCGGACUGGUUUCGAACUCAUGACCUCUUGGUUCAGUAGUGAUUUUGCAGCUGGCUACUAACUAGCUGUGCCACAGCCUGGUCCAGAGCCCAGAGCCGCCCCCCCCCAACUUUCAAGGGGACCCUUUCCCCCAAGAAAUGCAGGCCAAGGAUUUAGUUCCCACUUCUGUCCUUCCAAUGAAGAGAGCAGUGGGUCACAAAGAGCCAGAAGAAUCCAUGGGGCGGGGUGGGGGUGAUGGGAGGGGCUGCAGGUGAGCCUUAUCUGGGCCCCUCCCAUCAUUUCCUGGCGUCUCCUGGCUCCAGUAGCUCCUUGGGCACCUUUCCUUCUGGGCUGCCUCCACCAUGGGCCACUUGCCUGAAUGGAUGAUACUGAUGCUGAUCCCAUGCCUGGCCCUGUCUUGGGUGCGAGUGGCAUCCGUUCAGGAGGGGCAGACCCCCACAGAGGGGCAGUCAGAGCCCAGCGAAGGGGGAGCCCUCCCUGGAGAGCCUGACCUCAAAGAGGAGAAGGAAGAGGAAGAGGUCUUGGUCCUCGACAAGCAGCACUUUGCACAGGCCUUGCAGGAGAACCGGCUGCUCCUGGUGCUUUUCCAUGCCCACUGGAGCGACCUCUGCCAGGCGCUGGCCCCCGAAUAUGCCAAGGCAGCUGCCAUGCUGAAGGAGGAGGGCUCCGGCGGCACCCUGAGGCUGGCUUCGGUGGACGGAACGCAGGAGCUGGAGCUGCGGAAGGAGUUUGGUGUGGCCGGGUUCCCAACCUUCAAGCUCUUCCGGGAGGGUGACCGCAGCCACCCCAUAGACUACAAAGGUGAGAGGGAGGCCGAGGCAAUUGUGGCCUGGAUGAAACGGAAGGCCAGACCCAGUGCCCCACUGCUCACUGGGGAGGAGGAGGUCACAGCCUUCCUGGAUGCCCAUCCGGUGGCUGCCAUCGGAUUCUUCCACGACCCUGAGGGUCAGGAGGCGCGCCUCUUCUGCAAGGUGGCUGACGAUAUGGACGAUGGCAUUGUGGCUGUGGCCCUCACAGACCGCCCAGCCCUCUUCCAUAAAUACGGUGUCAUGGGGGAGACGGUGGCCCUCUUCCGGCGGAUGGACACAGAGGGCAGCGAUGUCCCCAGAGUGGACUUCCCCGUUGAUGAGGAGCUGGGCAUGGAUGAGGCAGAGUUGGCUCACUUCCUUGCAGUGCAAAGUCUGGAACUGGUGGUGGUGUUCACAAACCAGAACUCCUCCAGGAUAUUCGGGGCCAAGGUCCCAAACCACCUGCUACUCUUUCUCAACAAGACAGAGGGGCCCCAUCUGGGACUACUGGAAGGCUUCCGGGGAGCGGCCCCCACCUUCCGGGACCAGGUGCUCUUUGUGGUGGCUGAUGUCGGUGGGGAUGGGGCCAGCCUGCUCCACUUCUUCGGCCUGAAGAGCCAUCAGGUCCCUGCCCUUCGGUUCAUUCACAUCGAGACCAACCAGAAGUAUGCCUUGGACAUUGAGGAAGGGCAGGGCCUCUCCGCAAAUACCAUCAACACCUUCUGCCAGGAUGUGCUGGAGAGCAGAGUCCAGCCCUACUUCAUGAGCGAGGAGCCCCCAAGCGACUGGGACCAGCGGCCAGUUAAGACCUUGGUGGGGCAGACCUUUGAGCAGGUGGCCUUGGAUGAGAGCAAGGAUGUCUUCGUCAAGUUCUACGCCCCCUGGUGCCCCCACUCCAAGGCCAUGGCGCCCGCUUGGGAGCAGCUGGGCCAGAGGUUCCAGGACCGGCAGGACAUCCUCAUUGCCGAGAUGGACGCCACGGCCAACGAGGUGCCAGGCCUGCCUAUCCGCGCCUUCCCCACGCUCUACUUCUUCCCUGCCGGAAAAGGAAGAGAGAUGACAGAGUACCGGGGUGACAGAGACCUAGAGAGCCUCUCAAUAUUCCUGGAAAACCGGGGGGAAACCCCUCCCAAAGAGGAGCCCCCGGAGGCCCCCAAAGAGGAGCUGAAGGAGGAGAGCCAAGCAAAGCCUCCAGAGCCAAAAUAUGAGCUGUAAAGACUGAACAAAGCUAUAAAACCCACCCCUCUGGCAAAA